AUGCCCGUCAUCUUUGGAUGGCCCUCCUCUCCUGGCGCCAUUCCGUGCUUUCCUUCCUUGUGCUGCAGGUUGUUUGACAGGUACCGCGACUUGGCCCCACAGCUGGUCCCACUCGAUUACACCAAGAAGCCGGAGGUGAAGCUCCCCUACGAGCUCAUUGGCAGCAUGCCCGAGCUGAAGGACAACCCCUUCCGCCAACGGAUCGCUGAGGUGUUUUCUGAGGAUGGCGAGGGAAACAUGACCUUAGACGACUUCUUGGACAUGUUCUCAGUGAUGAGCGAAAUGGCCCCUCGUGACCUCAAGGCCUACUAUGCCUUCAAAAUCUAUGACUUCAACAACGACGACUACAUUUGCAAACUUGACUUGGAGAAAACUGUGAACAAGCUGACACGCAAAGAGCUGACACCUGAGGAGGUGUGCCUGGUGUGCAACAAGGUGAUCGAUGAAGCCGACCUGGACAACGACGGCAAACUGUCCCUGGAAGAUUUCCAGCACAUGAUUAUCCGAGCCCCGGACUUCCUCAGCACUUUCCAUAUCAGGAUCUGAGCCGUGUCCCGAUUCUUCUGCUGCCUUUCCCUGAGGCCUUCUGGGAGGUGGGCGCCCCUCUCUCUUCAACAGUGACCACGCUGGUGUUGCUGCUUCCCGGUCUGGGGCGGAAGAAGGGGCUGAAGGGGACGCCCAGAGCAAGCCUUCCCACCCUGGUCCCCGAGCCCCAAGCGAUGGGCAGCCUCCGUCUCAUUGCAGAGGAGACCUCACCACCACCCACCUGCUCUGCAGGCUCCAAACACAAGGCCUACCAGACCAUGCUGGGUCUCUUCCUGCAACGUUCUUAGUCACCAGAAUAAAACUUGAGAGGAUAUAUUUUUCUAACUUGGUCUCAAGAGUGCCUUUCUUUCUAUCCUAUGCUUUCCUUAAAUGGAAUGAAGGUGCGGCUGUAGGCAUAGAGCAGGGUU